CCGGUCGCCUGCGCUCGGGUCCGCCUCUGACUGCGGCGCGGCGGGGCGAUGUGUGAUUACCAUGGCGAGGAGUCUCUGUCCGGGGGCCUGGCUAAGGAAACCCUAUUACCUCCAGGCUCGCUUUUCAUAUGUGCGGAUGAAAUAUCUUUUCUUUUCCUGGUUGGUGGUUUUUGUUGGAAGCUGGAUUAUAUAUGUGCAAUACUCUACCUAUACAGAACUAUGCAGAGGAAAGGACUGUAAGAAAAUAAUAUGUGACAAGUACAAGACUGGAGUUAUUGAUGGACCGGCAUGUAAUAGCCUUUGUGUUACAGAGACUCUUUACUUUGGGAAAUGCUUAUCCACCAAGCCCAACAAUCAGAUGUAUUUAGGGAUUUGGGGUAAUCUACCAGGUGUUGUGAAAUGUCAAAUGGAACAAGCACUUCAUCUUGAUUUUGGGACUGAAUUGGAACCAAGGAAAGAAAUAGUGCUAUUUGAUAAGCCAACUAGGGGAACAACUGUACAGAAAUUCAAAGAAAUGGUCUACAGUCUCUUUAAAGCAAAGUUGGGUGACCAAGGAAACCUCUCUGAACUGGUUAAUCUCAUCUUGACGGUGGCUGAUGGAGACAAAGAUGGCCAGGUUUCCUUGGGAGAAGCAAAGUCAGCAUGGGCACUUCUUCAACUAAAUGAAUUUCUUCUCAUGGUGAUACUUCAAGAUAAAGAACAUACCCCCAAAUUAAUGGGAUUCUGUGGUGAUCUCUAUGUGAUGGAAAGUGUUGAAUAUACCUCUCUUUAUGGAAUAAGCCUUCCAUGGGUCAUUGAACUUUUUAUUCCAUCUGGGUUCAGAAGAAGCAUGGAUCAGUUGUUCACGCCAUCAUGGCCUAGAAAGGCUAAAAUAGCCAUAGGACUUCUGGAAUUUGUGGAAGAUGUUUUCCACGGCCCGUAUGGAAACUUCCUCAUGUGUGAUAUUAGUGCCAAAAACCUAGGAUAUAAUGAUAAGUAUGAUUUGAAAAUGGUGGACAUGAGAAAAAUCGUGCCAGAGACAAACCUGAAAGAACUUAUAAAGGAUCGCCACUGUGAGUCUGAUUUGGACUGUGUUUAUGGCACGGAUUGUCGAACUACCUGUGAUCAGAGUACAAUGAAGUGUACUUCAGAAGUGAUACAACCAAACUUGGCAAAAGCCUGUCAGUUACUCAAAGACUACCUACUGCGUGGUGCUCCAACUGAAAUUCGUGAAGAAUUGGAAAAGCAACUUUAUUCUUGUAUUGCUCUCAAAGUCACAGCAAAUCAAAUGGAAAUGGAACAUUCUUUGAUACUAAAUAACCUAAAAACAUUACUGUGGAAGAAAAUUUCCUACACAAAUGACUCUUAGUUCAUUUGGACAUCGUGACCAUCAUAGGAAACUUAACAAUUCUAAGGAAAAAUUUUGAGCAUUAAAAAAAUGGCUUCUGACUCAAAUCCUUUCCAGUUAUAAAAAACCCCUUUUCCCUGGUUUUAAGAAGCCAUCAUCUUAAGAUACAUAUUGAUUGCUUGAAGGAAUGGCAGGAGGUAUAGGAUGAACUGAUCCAAAGAUUAAUUCCUGCAUUAGAAGCCCUGGUACAUUUCUUCCCAGUACAUUCACUGUGUUAACUAUUUUGACUAAUGACCUAAAAUAAUGCUGUGAAAAGCCUCAUCCCAUAAACAGUGAGAGUAUUUCGUAGAUUUUACUUAAGCCAAAAUACCAUUGCUGGAAACAUUGCAAUGAAGCUGCUGUUUAAAAAAAUAUAUAUACGUACACUUACUGAAGUCUUAGCAUGGUAAAGUUUGCACAUUAACAAGAAAUUAAGACUGCAAAGCAGGUAAAGUUACUCCUUUAUAAACAGAUGUUGGGUUAAUAGCAUGGUUUGUUGUAUUUAUAGACCUAAAAACAUUUGUUACAUGGCUUCAGAAUGUUGAGUGGCUAUUAGCUUAAAAACAAAAAUCCAUCAGAAAGUGUUCUACUUGGCAGUAUGUAACUGCCAAGUUUAGAGGCUGAAACUGGAUGAGCUUUCAUCAUCCUUGAUUUGAUGGGUCCUUCAUAGUGUCAAUGAGCAGUCCUUCAAAACUGACUUAAGGCCAUCAACUCAAUCCAAAUCCACAAGUCUGAAUUUGAGCUAUGGGGAAGUGGGACAUAAAGAGGCAGACUCUGAAAUCAUGGGACUUUUUAAUAACAAUUUCCCAUUUUGAACAGUAUUUCCUGUUGGCCAAAGGGCUAUUUCUUAAGAGGCAUGUAAAUUUAUUUUUCCAUGUGAACUUGAUAUGCAAGUUAGUAUUUGUUCAUGUUAUUUUCAUGUUUAUUAAGAUCUGGCAUGUACCUUUCAAAAUCUCUUUUGAAGGAACCUCUUUUGAAGGAAGACCCAGUAUUUUUUGCUCCAAGGUUUCACCUGAUUAAAGUGAAAUGUUAUGUGAACUUCACUGGACAGCCUUCCCUCAAAAAUUAAAGCCAUUGAUGAGCACGUUUUGCUUACUUUAAAAUGGUGUAGUUUGAAGGUACCUUUUCUUCCCACUAACCAUCUGGUUACAAUAAAUGAAUGGAAGAAAUAUUUCCUAGUGGAUGGUUGGUCUGUUGCUUGCCAGACUUUUUAACGGAGAGCUGUAUAUCAUACAAUUAGAGGGACAACUCCUGUCACGGAAAACAGAAGCCCAAGAAGCAGGUGUGAACUUUGAGUCAAUAUGUAAAGUUAUACUUGUUUCUUGAAGCAAACAAAAACAACCCAUCAACUCCUCUGCUUUUAUAUUUGAGGUUAUUUCUUGUAGUUUCAUUAACAAGAGGUUAACACAGAAACUGCUGCUUGGUGAAUAAGUUUAUUAUUGUCUUUAUCUGAAAAAUCUUCAUAGAAAAUUGUGGUUUGGUUUAUUAGCUCUCAGCAGCCCGCUCCUGAGCUCUAAGGAAGCUUGCCUUCUUCUGAGCUACCCGAUCUUUCUUCUGGGCAAGAGACAUUUUGGGACGGUUCCACCUACAAAACAGAGUAAAAUUAAGCGACAAAUGUGAUUUUUAAAAACCAUAGCUAGAGGAUAAAAAA